AUGGACGCUGGACGCGGGGCAGGGUUUGGAGUAGCUAGCAAAAUGCCAGCCAAUGCCAACUAUGACGCAGACACGCAGCGCCAAUCCAACUCGACCAAGCCCAUGCAACUUGCAAGUGCAUUGUCUUCUCUGAGUGCACACCAGGACUGCAGGCAGGAAGAGGUCAAGCCAAACCUGCAAACCUGCACCUUCCCAACUUCUGGCCCCACUUCUAUCUCAAAGUUGGGCAUGGAAAGUUGGAUCCCCUGGCAGCUUCCUGGUGUCGAUGCGCCUGCCAUCCUGGGAACGGAAACGCACCUACCACCAGGUGGGUCCCUUUACAGCCUAUCGACAAUUCCUGGCCACUCGAGGUGA